AAUAGGAUUUAUUGCCGCAUAUCUUACCGCGGGUCAUAUCGCUACGAACCGUUUAUCUACUCCAGUACGACGGGGGAUCAAUUUAUCUAACGCACCAUGAAUGAUAAAGGUCAGCAUUGUCUCGCAAACAGUCAACAGCAAUGAUCGAUACGACAAAAACACGGCAAAACAAGUUGCUUAUUUGCACAAACUACACAAAUCGCUUUAAAGCGUCCAAAAAAGGGAAGUUCCCAGCUGGUGUCAUCAAUCACGAUCCAACCAACCCGAUCAGAUCAUCUUCCAAAUGAAGAAUCUACGAAGGUCAUCGAAGUGGGUUCUGUUUGCACUGCUUCUUCAUGUCAUUCUCAUCGCCUCCAAGCACCAGAGAGAACACCGAUUCCGAUUACGACAACAGAACUAAUAUUCUCCACAGGAUUGCCACAUGUUCCGUUGUUUCCUAGUGUUCCGGCAACCAUUGUGUACUCUCCUUUUUUAUACCCGUAAUUCAAUUAUCACGCCAAUCAAGCUACGGAUUCUAUCGCCAUUCUGCAGCAAAACCCAAAUAACGAGCGGCUUAUUAUCUCACUCCAGCUAAACGAUUCAUCAAUGUUUGUACAGAGCCUUCACGCUAAUGGCGCAAAGCCGUGAUUUUCAUUCAUAGUACCCCGGGGGAGCAACUCAUCCAAUAUUGAGUUUUGUAUCCUACUAUCUGCACUUUUUACCGCAGUACUGAUCUUUGCAAAGCUUUACACACACAGCGAGGCCAUGACAUGCGAAUUUUGCGGUGAGCAAGGAUCGCUCGAGCAAAUGUCGAGAUAUAUUCACCUCGCGGUAGUUUAGUGCGGUAUAAUCCAAAUUAAUGUCCGGGAUCGGUUUUAAAGUUCUUUUUAACAGACCAGUUAUAACUGGACGAUACUUGAAAAUACUGCGAAAGGCAAAACUGCAACAUCCGGGUCCUGUGGCGCCGAUCUGAUGUCCGGGAUGAAUUUAAAAGUUUGAAAGCUCGCUUUAAAAUGAAGGAGGUUUUUUUUAUUUAAUGUUUUGUUAGUAUAAAUAUGCUGAACGAUAUUCGACUUCCGCGAAUUUCUCCGGAAUAGGUUAAACAACCGAUCGUUAAUAAGUUCUUCAGUCAAACUUAAAAAGUAAUUUAAUAAAAACUUAAAUUAGAUGUUUGAAAACAUAUAUUUUGAAAAACAAUUUCGCCUAUUAUCGCCCUCUGCCGGCAAUCUUGCAUUCGAGCGAAAAUUCAAACCGAGCGAAACCAAAGCGAAAAGUAAAUGUCAAACCGAAGCGCACGUUUGUUUACGUUCUGUACCGAUUACGUUUUUCUCAUUUUGGUGUGCCAUUUCAUCGCGAACGAAUGUGGAAAGCAAAACACAGACGUACGGGGGCCGGAACAUAAUUAGGGCCAUUAAGCUACAAUAAACUAUUUUUAUACCACGGCCAUUCGAAACGUUUUUCGUGAUAAGCAAGCAGUGAUUCGUAAGCAGUUUGUUUCUGUGCGCGGUACAAAUGUAAGCAGAAAGUUAGUGAAUUUCGUAUCCGAAUCUUCCAACCGAACAAGAAGAAGAGCAGCAACCGAGCUGUAAUUCCUUCCAGCCAAAAUGUCGAACUGGUCGCCAAAAAUCCUCGCCAUCCGGAUUCGCUCGUUGGCGACAACGUUCAGCCGGAGCUAUCACCGUGCCAGUGCACUCCACCGUCCGACCGGACCACCGAAACUUUCGCCAUACGAUGUAAACUGUAUACUGCGCGCGAACGAACACACGCAAGAAUUUUUCGGUGGAUCCGUUAAAAGCUACGACUCGAAUCAGCUCGCAUCCAACUCACCAAUUGAAGAUUCACGGAGUGAAGCGAGCUGCGUGCAUACGUCCGGUUUGCUGGUGGGGAUAUUUGAUGGCCAUGGUGGACCGGCCUGUUCGCAGGUGAUAAGCAAGCGGCUGAUGCGCUACAUUGCUGCCUCGCUCGUGCCACCGGAUGAUCUCCGCCAGCAUAUGCUCGGCGGUGCGCAGAGCUUUUCCUUCCUGAGCUGCCACAAUGAUAAGCUUGAAUUCGUGAGCGAAAUCAAGGAACUGUACGAGAAAAGCUUCAACCAGUUCGCGAACGAGCUUACCAACACUACGCUGGCCGGGUUUCAGAUGCAUCAAACGCUGGAGAAUGCUUUUAUCCGGCUCGAUCAAGACCUGUCCCGUGAGGCGAUCGAAAUGCCCAGCCUGCGGACGAUGUCGGUAGCGAUGAGUGGUGCGGUGGCGCUGGUGGCACACAUUGACGGGCCCCAUCUUCACGUAGCAUCCGUUGGUGAUUGUUCGGCCGUGCUCGGCACUGUCACCGAUACCGGCCAGUGGGUUGCGAAGAAGCUAACCAACGAACACAACUCCGACAACGUUGGGGAGGUUCGUCGUCUGCUCAGCGAACAUCCCGCCACGGAGCGGGACACGGUGAUUCGUGGCGAACGUUUACUCGGUCAAUUAGCGCCGCUACGUGCAAUGGGCGAUUUUCGCUACAAGUGGACACGCGAGCAGCUUGAACAGCUCGUUGUGCCACAGUUCGGGGAGCAAGUAAUGGCGCCAUACUACCUCACGCCACCGUACCUGAGCGCGUGUCCGGAAAUCACGCACCACAUCCUAACGCCCCGCGACAAGUUUCUGAUCAUCGCCAGCGAUGGGCUGUGGGAUACGAUGAGCGCGAUGCAGACGGUCCAUCUCGUCGGUGAGCAUAUGUACGGGAAGGCGUUCCUGCAACCGCUCACCCUACCGAAGCAGGACAUUACGCUGGGCGAAAUUAGCCAAAUGUUGAGCACUCGAAAGGCCGGUUUGCAGAAGAAACCGCUCGAUCGCAAUGCGGCGACCCAUCUCAUCCGGAAUGCGCUCGGUGGAACCGAGUACGGUGUGGAGCACUCGAAACUAUCGCACAUGCUAUCGCUGCCCCAGGACAUCGUCAGGUUGUUCCGGGAUGAUAUUACAAUAACGGUCGUGUACUUCGACUCGGAAUACCUUCGCAACUGUCCCACAUGAUGGCGGGACGGUGAUUGUGCCGAUCGUGCGGAAACUGCUUCACAGGAAACGAACCAACCGGAAAGCAUUUAACACACCACGAUGAUGAUGGCGCACGUUUAGAAGCGAAUCCGCUCAAUGUCGAGCCGGAUUCAUUUCCUUCCUAUAAAAGGCUGGCCUUUUUUUCGAUGUCCUAACGCUCA